AUGGAUUACUAUGAGAAUUUUGAUGCUGAGCAGAUCCCGGUGUACGUUACGGCCGUUUCUUUUAUUGGUCUUGGGAAAACAAACCUCGAUUUCCUCAAAAAUCAGCUCCGUCCAUUAGUGAAAUCUAAAAACAUGCGUGAGCUGCUAAAUAAUUCAAGUGAUCUCAAAUCAAUGCUCCUGGGCUUGCAAAUUUUUAAGCAUUGUGAAGUUUCGAUCGAUACAGAGAAACAGUCUUCUUGUUCGGAUGCCUACAAGGUAAAUAUCUUUGUUGAAGAAAAGAAGCCCCAAAACUUAAAAGCCCAGUGGACAGUUAACACUGAUGGGUCGAUGCGAGUGGGUGGAUACUACGCGUUGAACAACAUUUUUCGGAAGGGGGAACGCCUCGAGGUUGAAGGAAAUAUAGGUAGGGACUCAUCAAAAAUGAGAUUCGCUACUUUUACUAAACCAUUUGAGAGGAACCCCAACAUUAAGUUUAGCCUUGGAGGUUCUGACUGCAGCUACGAUCACUGGUGGUCGAAGAUUUUGCGCAACGAAAGCUCUAUUUUUGCUGAAAUUGGUGCCCUUUCUCGGUGGGGGAUCCAGAAGCUUCAUUGGAGUAGUGUUUGGAGAGAGAUUGAGGCUUCUAAAAGCGGCGCUAAUUUAAAAACCAAUCUCCGCCACAGCUUGGAAGUGGACUCGCGAGAUGAUCGCAUACUUCCCCAGAGUGGUCUUUUGCUCCGUUUGAGUGAAGAGUUGUCUUUUUUGUAUCCCCCACCACCACGGACCGCCGUGGGCUUUGAGACUGCACCCCCGUAA